AUGAAGCUCGGUUUUUUCUUCACUGCAUCAGCAUCUGCGUCUGUAACCUUCACUGCCUUUAAAGAAUCCGGCUUUACUAGGCCACAAGCGAAGGCAGACUGCGAAAGUCGAGGCCUCCGACUUGCGAAUAUUUAUUCUCAAGAAGAACAGGAUCUUCUCAACCAAGUCAUUACCGACGCUGACGGUUUAGAAAGAGCUUUCUGGCUCGGCAUGACACAAGGAAAUGAUACCGAGAAAAACACGAUCAAAGAUAUCGACGGAAACGAUCUGCGAUUCUACGACGGCUGGCGAGAAGAUCAGCCAAGCAACAAGCUCAACCAUCCAAAUGACAAGCACACGUCUGGAGAAUAUGAAGACUGCGUUCGACAGUUCGGACUUGAAGGCUGGAACGACGCUAUCUGCUCUCGAACUUGGUCAGGAGCGAAGAAAAACAACAUCGCGAUGGGCCACAUCUGCGAAGAUCGUCCAUCUUCUGCCGCUGUUGAAGAGUUAGACUCUCACUUUCAAAUUUGGGCAAACACUUUUACCAAUGCCAAUAUUGCCGCUAGAUGGGAAGCAACUAAAUUCAGUGGCUUCAGCCUGCGACUCAAGCCUUCGAAUAUGUUUAAAAAACUUGUGGAGAGAAUCUUGAAGUUGAACUGCGCAGAAAGUGAAGCCUCGAUCGGAUCAAUGCCAGCAGUUGAUACAACUGGUGACGCUCAAGACGAACUUGACAAGAUGAUCCAGGGUUACAAGGAUUUCUUCGCGACAUACUUCAGCAAUUGUCGAGGAGGUGUUUUGAACACAAAGCUCAACGAAAAAAUUGACAGAUGGGCUGCAUUAUUGUCGGACAAAAUUCAAAACUGA